GUCGCCUGUAAUGCUCUUAUAGACAUCAGGUGCUUCUAUCUAACGUCAUGUCCAUGAACCUUGGUGCAGCAAAAAGGGGCAAGCCAAAAAUUCGACCGCCGAAGAAACCAGACCCUCAGACUUCCAUCAAGGAGACCUGGAUCAAGCUUGCAAACGCUAUCAGAGAGAUUCAAAAUCACAAUGCCUCCAAGCUCAGCUUUGAGGAACAUUACCGCUAUGCCUACAAUAUGGUCCUCUUCAAAAAUGGAGACCAACUGUACGCCGGAGUCAAAGGACUCAUCUCGGAGCACUUGGAAAAGCUAGCAGAGGACAAAAUAGUUCCUACUUUUCCCAGAAGCUCUGGAACUUCGGGUACUGGGAAAAGGCGUAGUGGGGCCGAAGCUGUUGAAAGUGCCAUGGAAGGGGAUAGGUUCUUGAAAGCCGUGAAGACUGUUUGGGAAGAUCAUACAGGGAGUAUGCGGAAACUUAAAGAUGUUUUGAAAUAUAUGGACAAGGUAUAUACCCCAGCGGCUGGUGUUCCUCAGAUAUACGAUGUCGGUCUGACCUUAUUCCUUCAACAUAUCGUCCGAUCCUUAAGACAUUCGAUUCACACUCAUCUGAUCGCCACUCUCUUAUCCCAGAUACAGCUGGAGCGAGAUGGCGAGAUUAUCACCCGAUCCACCGUCCGGGACUGUAUCGACAUCCUACUUCGCUUGACUUUAUCGGAGAGGGAAGGAGGCAAGAGUGUCUAUUCAACCGAUUUUGAACCUGAAUUCCUACGCAACAGCGCGGAUUAUUACCGUGCUGAAGCUCUGGAGAUCAUUGAAAGAGGCGAUGCUUCCCGUUACCUCCAAAACGUCGAGAGAAGAUUGUCAGAAGAGACCGACCGAACGGCUCAUUACCUUUCCAGCCUUACACAUUCUCAAUUACAUUCUCUCUUGGUAGAACACCUCCUCACUCCUCACCUAUCCACCAUUCUCAGCAUGCCGGGCUCCGGUCUCGUUUCAAUGAUCGAACACGAUCGAGUCUCAGAUCUUCGUCGUCUGUACACUCUCUUCCUUCACGUACCCAAGGAUGCCGGACGAAUCGCUCUUCGGCUGGCUCUCAGAGCCGAUGCCGAGGAUAGAGGAAGGACCAUCAACGAGAACUCUGCGUUGUCAGAGAGUGGGUCCGCAGGCCCCGCCGAGGAGCAGACUAUGGACGUUGAUCCAGAUGACGUCAAAGGCAAGGGGAAAGCUAAGUCUCAAGUGGUGUCCGGAGGCAACGCUCUGUUGGCGGCUUUGAAAUGGGUGCAAGAUAGUGUGGAUCUCAAGGACAGGUUUGAUCGUUUACUCGACGAGGCAUUUGGAGGAGACAAAAGUCUCCAGAUGUCGAUCAAUGAAGCUUUUCAAAGUUUUAUCAACGCCAACCCAAGGAGUCCAGAGUAUCUGUCACUUUACAUCGACGAACAUCUCAAAAAGGGCACCAAAACGAAAUCCGAAGAUGAGAUCGAAGCGGCUCUGGAUAAGACAACAACCCUCUUUAGAUUCCUCCAGGACAAAGACAAGUUCGAAAGAUAUUACAAGAUUCACCUGGCCAGAAGACUGUUAUACGGUCGGAGUGUUUCGGACGAUGCAGAAAAGGGCAUGGUCGCCAAACUGAAAGUGGAAAUGGGCUUUCAAUUCACCCAGAAGCUGGAAGGCAUGUUUACCGACAUGCGACUGUCAACAGACUCUGCGCAUCUUUUCCAACAGUUCACACAACGACAUCAAAUCCCGUUUUCCCUGUCCGUGAAUGUCCUCACUGCAUCCUAUUGGCCUCCCACCAUAGUCUCUGCCUCAACGUGCACCUUUGGUCCUUUACUCUCUUCCGGUCAAGAUACUUUCGAGAAAUACUACGCUGGAAGACAUUCCGGCCGUAGAUUAGUAUGGCAAGGUGGUUUAGGAACGGCAGAUGUCAGGGUUCGGUUCAAAGCCAGAAGCCAUGAUUUGAACGUGUCCACUCAGGCGUUGGUGGUGUUGCUGUUAUUUGAGAAUGUCCCAACAGAUGAGUCGUUGGCAUACACCGAAAUACAAUCGUCUACGAAUCUACCAGAUGCCGACCUUCGUAGGACACUGCAAUCUUUGGCGUGCGGCAAAUUCCGAGUAUUGACGAAAACACCUAAAGGGAGAGAAGUCGAUUCUACCGAUGUUUUCAGCUUCAACGAAGGUUUCACCAGUAAUCUUGCAAGGAUCAAAAUUAUGCAAGUCGCGAAUAAGGUAGAGAGCAACAAAGAGAGAGAAGAGACUCAAGAACAGGUGGCAGAGGAGAGGAAACAUCAGAUUGAAGCAUGUAUCGUGAGAAUCAUGAAGAAUAGAAAGAUGAUGUCACAUAACGACCUCGUUUCUGAAGUCGCGCACCAGCUCAGUUCACGUUUCAAUCCACCUCUCAACUUGGUGAAGAAACGGAUAGAAGGGCUUAUCGACCGUGAAUAUUUGGAGAGGACAGGGGAUAUGGCAACUUACAAGUAUUUGGCAUGA